GUUGGACCAGGAAGAUUGUGCUAGGAGGCCUCGGAAUCAAGACAACCAGCUCUGGCGGCGAAGAAUAGGAGGAAGCUUGUGCCUGGGACCCUGGCUCCCCCACUUCAGUCUGUGCUAGCUGGGAGGGGACCUGACCCUCAGGGAUGGAAGCAGAAAGCACAGGAAACCUGGAAGCUUGUGAUACUAGACCGGGCGCGGGUCUUUCAAGAGGUUUGGUGAUCAAGGCUCUUAGCCAGUGGGCCCCGGCCUGAGGCUGCCACAGGAGGCAAGGCAUGUGAGGUCUGCUGAGGGCAUGGCAGUAGAACCCUGGCCCUGUGUGAGGUGAGGCUCGGUUGCCUGGUGACUGCCCCUGGGCAGCCACUUGCUGUCAGAAGCGCUCUGCUUGCUGUGCUCACCCCUCAGCUGCAGCUACCCUGGUACCGUUCCUUCCCUUGCCACCAUGUCACGGCAAUUCAACAUGGAUACAGCGCGGCAAAACUUCUGGAAGGAGGACUUUCUGAGAGAGAAGACGCUGCGCUGUGAAUGGCACCGCAAAUACGGGUCGAUGGUGAAAGCCAAGCAGAAGGCCAAGGCUGCAGCCCACCUACCCCUCAAACUGCCCACCCUGCACCCCAAAGCCCCACUCUCGCCUCCACGCGCCCCCAAAGCAGUCCCUUGCAGGGCCCCUAGCCCUGCCCUGAAGGCUCCCAUUCAGUCAGAAAUGUACCCAGUACUGCCUGCCACUCGGGCCCUGCUGUAUGAAGGCAUCUCCCACGACUUCCAGGGGCGCUACCACUACCUCAACACCCGAAAACUGGACAUCCCAGAGAUGCGGUACCUCUUCCCCAUCACCACCAACUUCACGUAUGGCUGGCAGCUGGGCCCCCCGGUGAAGGAAGAACUGGCCUUCCGCAAGGUGUGCCGCACUGACUCGUUCUUCCGCAAGAACGGGGCCUUUGAACUGCUUGACCCCAGGGAUCUGGCCCUCUGA